AUGUAUGAGCUCAACGAAAGCAGCUUUGACCCAAUCACCUUCGUGCUGACAGGCAUCCCGGGCAUGGAGGAGUCCCACAUCUGGAUCUCUGUCCCCUUCUGCCUCAUGUACGUCACUGCCGUGUUCAGUAACGCGGUCCUGCUUUUCGUCAUUGCCACAGACAGGAGCCUGCACGAGCCCAUGUACCUGUUCCUGGCCAUGUUGGCCGUCGCCGACCUCAUGCUCUCCACCACCACGGUGCCCAAGAUGCUGGCGAUCUUCUGGUUCAGCGCGCGGGAGAUCUCCUUUGACGCCUGCAUCACGCAGAUGUUCUUCACCCACUUCAGCUUCAUCGUGGAGUCCUCGGUGCUGCUGGCCAUGGCCUUCGACCGUUACGUGGCUGUCUGCCACCCGCUGCGCUACCCGGCCACCCUCACGCCCUCCGUCAUAGGGAAGAUGGCCACGACCGCUGUGAUCCGUGCCUUCUGCAUCAUGUUCCCCCCCAUCUUCCUCCUCAAGAGGCUGCCCUACUGCGGGCACAACGUCAUGCCCCACACGUACUGCGAGCACAUGGGCAUCGCCCGCCUCGCCUGCGCCGACAUCAAGGCCAAUGUGUGGUAUGGGCUGACCACGGCCCUGCUCUCCUCGGGGCUGGAUGUGGUGCUCAUCGCCAUGUCCUAUGUGCUCAUCCUCAGGGCCGUGUUCCGCCUCCCGUCUCCUGAGGCGCGGGUCAAGACCCUGAGCACCUGCGGCUCCCACCUCUGCGUCAUCCUCAUGUUCUACGUGCCUGCCUUCUUCUCCUUCCUCACACACCGCUUCGGCCACCACAUCCCCAGCCACGUCCACAUCCUCCUGGCCAACCUCUAUGUCGUGGUCCCGCCGAUGCUCAACCCCAUCGUGUACGGGGUGAGGACGCGGCAGAUCCGGGAGCGCGUUGCCCGCCUCUUCUGCCCCACAGGGAAGUGCCCCUGUCCUGGGUGGGGGAGAAGGUGCUGA